CAACUGGCUACCACAUAUCUGCACACACUUAAAUACAAAGGCCGGGAAGGGUCAGAUCACCGUCCAGGUAAUCUUAGGUACAUAAAAGAGGUGGGGGAAAGAGAGAAUCAUUCAGUAGUCCUCCCUCCCCCUCCUCCUUCACCCCCAAGUCUCUCCCACGACUGCCCUCCCCAACCUCUAGCUGAUCAUGGCAUCAGAGGCAGAGAAAACAUUCAAUCGGUUUGCUGCCUUUGGAGAAUCAUCAAGCAGUGGCACUGAAAUGAACAACAAGAACUUCUCCAAGCUAUGCAAAGACUGUGGCAUCAUGGAUGGCAAGACGGUCACCUCCACAGAUGUGGACAUCGUGUUCAGCAAAGUCAAGGCCAAGAACGCCCGAACCAUCACGUUUCAACAGUUCAAAGAGGCAGUGAAGGAACUGGGCCAGAAGCGCUUCAAAGGGAAGAGUCCAGAUGAAGUCCUGGAGAGCAUUUAUGGACUCAUGGAGGGCAAGGACCCAGCCACCACUGGCGCAACUAAAGCAACAACAGUGGGUGCAGUGGACCGUUUGACAGACACCAGCAAGUACACCGGCACCCACAAGGAGCGCUUUGAUGAGAGUGGCAAGGGCAAGGGCAUUGCCGGACGGGAAGUGAUGAAUGACAACACAGGCUAUGUGAGUGGUUACAAGGGUGCUGGCACCUAUGAUAAGAAGACCAAGUAAGGAGGAGCUUCAUCUUAGCUCACUAGCCCCCUGACCCUGCAUGUUUAACACCAGGGAACUUGGAAAAUAAUAAACAUCUGUGUGUGCAGCA